AUGUCGAACCUCACGAGAGCCUUUACCCGGCGCAACAAGCGCCCGGAGGUAUCUGCGCCCAUGCCGUAUCGAGGCGAAGGCCAUGUGCGACUGAAUUCGGGAAAUAUCAAGCGUGGCAAUAUAUCUGGCCCUGUCCAGCUGUUGUCCACCACCAACAUGCUUGCCUACAACGCCCCGGAUCUUCACUCAGCCGUAUCCUCGUCUUCGUCAUCUUCGUUGCGCUCCGACGACGCUGUUUCCCCGCAAAGUUACGCUUCGUCUAUGACCUCACCCGACGUCUCUCCCUAUGAGAGCUCCCCUGUUGAGGCCAACCCUAUGGCAUCUUAUUUCCCCAAGCGCUCAGCCACCGUGACUAGCCAUCCGCGUUCCUCGACCUCGUCCUCCCAGUCAAACAUGGACGCCCCGAUGAUUCCUAAGCGCGCUUUAUCCCACACCAAGCGUUCGCACCAGGAGCUCGCUCGCAAGCGUUCCGUCUCUAGGAUGUCCCCGCCUCCUUUGAACGCCCCACGCAGUACCCCUACCGUCCGUGCGUCCCAGGAUUUCUUCCAGCCCGAGCAGCAUCCAUUCAGCAAGGAAUUGGAGCAGGUUAACGAAGUGGCCGAGGAAUUCGGUGGCUUGAAUCUACUUGAUGAUGAAGAGCGCAUUUUGUAUGACAAGGGGCUCAAGAAGUUCACCGUCGAAGAUUAUCUUGUGGAGAUUGAAGAUCUCUACGGCAGCAUUUUUGAGGACAAGCCUGGACCUCUGCACACUACGUCUUGGUUCUAA